AUGUCAAAUCUUGAGCUCCAAGCAUCACCACAUCCUUCAACAGCCCGCAAAGCCCGCAAGAGGAAUGUUACAUCCCGUGAUCGCCUCGGAUGCAUCACUUGCCGUGAGAGGCACUUGAGGUGCGACAAGGCACAGCCGGAGUGUGACAAUUGUACCAAGGCAAAUCGAACCUGUGGGGGGUAUGCUAGAGGCAUCUCCUUCCGUGACCAGACCAUGAUGGUCAUUGAAAAAGUCCAAAAACCUGAGUCAAGACGAGUACGCAAAGGCUCAGCGUCAGGCUCUCUUACGAGAUCACCAAUACCGCAAGAGAUACCAAGAAGUCCUUGUCAGUCGAUUGGACCGCUGGCGGACCUGGACAUUGUUGAGAAUUUACCUCAGCCUGACCUGGCGCCCGUACCAGCCUUGACCAUCGACACGCCUGUAGGUGAAGAUUUCUUGUUCGAAACCUGGGAUCUGCUCGGGGAUCCAUGGCCACAAGAUACAGGAAAUCAACUGUGUAUCAUGCCACAGUUACCAUCGUCGCCCCAACAGGCAUUUCAAGGUGCUUUCGGAGGCAUUGGAGCUCUGGAACCUGAGGAUGCAUAUAUCUUCAACGGAGACUACUCGGCUGCUCCGCACGUUUGGAGUGCUGUGCUUGCCGUCUCAGCCCUGACCUUGUCGAUUGAGACAUCCCCGGGACUGAUCACCCCGGCGUUGGCAACACAAAAGAAACAUGCUCUCCGUCAUUACGCCAACUCACUGAGGUCCUUGAGAAUGAAACACCCACAAAACACGCCGGAAGCGUUUAGUAGUCUCCCUCUGCAAGAGCUGCUCGAUUGGUUCCUGUGUCGACUAUUGCUAGCCAAUUUUGAACUUGGGCGAGGAAACCUCACGCUGUGGAGGGCACACUUGCGCGCCACAAGCCGGGUCUUCAGUGCUUGGCAUAAAAGAAUCAGAGAAGUCCCCAGAGGCCGGAUCCUCGCCCAAGUGUUUGCAAGAAUGGCCCUGCUCGUCGAGUUGCAGAAUGAGGAGUUAGCUGUGACGGGGAUCAAAGAUAUGAAUCCCGGUGUCGCACAUGAGCUUUCAACCAUGAUCCAGGGCUCAAUGUCAGCUCGUGAUCGACUUCUAGGCUUCAUCAGGGAAGUCGGUCAACUUGAGCUGAAGUUUCGAUGCACACCAUCCAUGUUCGCCAAGUGGACGGGAAAGCUGGAGACACUAGAUGCCAGACUCACUGAGUGGCAGCGGUGCCUAUCGCCGUUGGAAAUGCCUGUCGACACAGGUGUUGACGACCCAGUCUCGUUCCCUGCACAAGCCGGAGAUCCAGAUCCGCUUCAAGUCCAUCCGUUGAUAUUUCCCAAUGCUGUCGAUUCUACCGCCGCCGCCGUGAAUUACGCCCACUUCAUCUGCACUCGUAUGCGAGCUCGCACCCGGUACCUGGAGAAUGGCACCAAGAUACCCCCUUCCAAUGCAAACUCCAUGGCUUUAUAUAUAUGCCGAAUUGCCGCGGGCCUGUCUCCCAAUAGCUGCGCUGUCACCGAGGCCUUUGGCCAUGGAAUGAUGCCCGCAGUCGUCGGUGCAUACUGGUGGACUACUGAUCCCCAACUUCGUCGGUGGAUCAUCAACUGGCUACAAGGUUAUGAUAAGAAUGACCAGCGUGAGGGCAUCUGGAACGUUCGACAGGCCAGGAAGCUCAUGAUGUUUCUGGAUGGUGAAAUUCUUCAGCGGAGGACUCGUGCCGAGCAUUGGAACGUUAUCGCGGCGCGUGUCAAGGAGCAGGAGGAGUCGUUUCCAACGGGCCAGAACGACAUCUUGGAAGCCGAACUCGAGAUGAGCAGUGAAGAUGAGGACCAGGGAAAAGGGAACCUGGAGUUCAGAGUGGUUGUUCACUCCCAGUCUGAGAGUGGCUGGGCGACAAACUAUUACACCAUCGUGUAG